UUUCUCUUGUCAUAUGUAAUUUUCUGUCCAUCACCGUCAUCAAGAAAAGAAUACAUUAUAAAAAUGUGUAAAAAAAGUAAUAUUAUAAGUUGUAUGCUAAUUUACUUUUCUUUUUUGUAUACCUUAACACGCGCAGAUGUAUGUGUUAAAAAAAGUUCUUGUGUUUGUGAAUUUUCCAAUGGCACCGGCAUCGACUUAUCGUUAGCUGUGAAGAGUACAUUUUAUACAGUUGAUACUUUCGAAAUCAACGCUAAUGAAUCUCAAUAUACUUUUAGUACAUAUUUAUAUCAUCCGUGCUUUGAUGCGCUGCCAAUAACAAACAAAUCAGUCGCAAAUAACACGUGUACAACAUCUUUGUCUUUAUGCCGAUACGACAGGACUCUUACUCAAAGUAAUACAACAGGGACUUUUGUAAUUGACAAAGGUCUUUAUGAAUAUAUGGGAACAUCAAAUAAUACUGAAUUUUCUGCUGAUGGUUCUUCAAUAAUUUACCACAAUGGGCCUUCAUCAACAAUUGUUCGACUUGUUUGUGCUGAAGGUGAAAAUAAGCUUGCAGUAGAUUCAUUGAGUGUGCCUAAAAAUGUUGUGUUAGCAUUCUAUUCAAGAUAUGCGUGUUUAACAAAAAUCGAGGAGCCUGGCCGAUCAUUUGGUUCGACGCUGUUAAUAAUUUUCUUCUCAUUUGUGGUAUUCUAUCUCGUACUUGGAAUUUGUACAAAGAAAUUCUUGAUGGGUGCAACAGGUAUUGAAGUGAUCCCCAACCUGGGAUUCUGGACGGAUUUGCCUAAUCUUGUUAAAGAUGGAUGGGCGUUUAUGAUAAAUGGGUUCAAGUUGCCAACACGAGGUGCAGGACCGGUGACGUCACCUGACCCCAACAGCUAUGAUAGCAUAUAACAUCAGAGGGACGAGACCUUUGAUGGUCAACUUGUGCUCCUCGAGUAGACAAAGUGCAUACCAUGUGCUCACUUCAUCUGUGUUUAUUUGACUGUAAAUCUCAAACAAAACUUGCCGUUUUCAUUUUGAUAUA